AUGUCGUUGUCUGAUUCGACAAUUUCCGAGUUGAAUCGGCUCUUGGAGGGCCUCAUUUCCACCGAGAAUGAGCCAAGAAGGGCUGCUGAAGAGGCUCUUGAGAGAGAGUGGAGAUCACCUGGAAAGGUUGACAUUUUACUUCUCUACUUGGCCAACAACAGUGUAGAAAGCUCCAACGAGACUCUACGUUCUUUCUGUGCUGUUUUGUUUAGGCAACUUGCUAUACGUUCUCCCAAAAAAAUGGGAACUGUUAUCGAUAGAACUAUUGCGGAACUUGACGAACAAGUCAAGCUUCAAAUAAGAGACGUUUUACUUCGGGGAUUCGUUGCUCCUCAAUCUGGUACUGUAAGGAGAAAACUAGCAGACGCCAUAGCAGAAGUCGCAAAAGAGGACUGCUCUCCGCCGGGGCUUUGGCCGAGCCUUCUCCCUACGUUAUUUGAAGCUGUUACUAGUCAAACCGCGAGCAUGAGAGAAUGUGCCUUUAGAGUUUUUUCAAGCUGCCCUGAAAUCAUAGAUAGUGAUCUCGUACCUAAAGCAUUGUCAGUAUUUGAGGCAGGCUUCGAUGAUACGGAAGAUGAUGUGAGAAUCUCGGCAUGCACAGCUUUUGUGUCAUACUUCAGGGAGUCUCCCAAGAAAGUUUGGCUGAGCAUGAGUCCUUUGUUACCGAGCCUUCUAAAUUCAUUACCACGCUUCUUGAGUAAUGGGAAGGAUGAUGCUUUAGCAAAUGUCUUGGAGAACCUCAUAGAAUUGGUUGAAAUGGCUCCAAAAAUGUUCAAAGAUAUGUUUCCUGUAAUGAUUGAAUUCUGCUCUACGGUAUGCAAGAACCGUGAUCUUGACGGAUCCGCCCGGUUGGCAGCGUUAGAGUUGAUGACAAUGUUCUCCGAAGUCUCCCCAGGAAUGUGCAGACUGACUGCUACAUAUUCUUCUACAAUGGUUUUGGUGAAUUUGGCAUUGUUGACUGAAGUUAGCAUUGACGACGAGGAAGCCGCUGAUUGGAACAAUAAUGACAACACCGAAGAUGAUGAAGACGAGCCGGAGUAUGAAGCUGCUAGACAAUCUCUUGAUAGAAUCUCAUUGAAUUUGGGCGGUCAGGCCAUUGCAGGGCCUUUAUUUCAAUAUCUUCCUGAUAUGUGCCAUUCACUGAGAUGGAGGGAAUGUUUUGCAGCACUCAUGGCACUAUCUGCCGCGGCAGAGGGUUGUACCGAAGUUUUAAUUAACGAAAUUCCAAAACUCCUCGACCUUGUGUUACCUUGCAUCAACCAUCCUCAUCCACGGGUUCAAUUUGCAUGUUGCAACGCUCUUGGACAGAUCUCAACUGACUUCGCGGGAAUAAUUCAACGAACGUCUGGUGAUAGAAUUCUUCCGGCCUUAAUAUCAAAACUAACUCAGAAGUCUGUUUUCAAAGUUCAAAAACAUUCGGCAGCUGCGUUAGUCAACUUUUGUGAAGCUGCACCUAAUGAGGUUCUCGAGCCUUAUUUGGAUGACCUUCUCAACAAUCUUUUGGCUCUUUUGCUGUCGCCGAAAAGAUAUGUUCAAGAGCAAGUUCUUAGCACCAUAGCAAUCAUCGCAGACGCUGCUCAAAAGAAAUUUCUCAAGUAUCAUGACACUCUUCUCCCGAUGCUAAUCGAAUUCUUAAGAAGUACGCUGGGAGACGAAAGCCGUGCACUCAAAGCUAAAUGUAUAGAAUGCGCUACCUUGAUUGGCUUGGCUGUUGGGAAAGAACACUUCAACAGCCACAUUCAGAUUGUUAUUGAUCUCCUCAUACUGCUUCAAGAAGAGUGCUCUGAGUCUGACGAUCCACUCAAGUCCCAUUUAGAGCAGGGAUGGGUCAGAAUCUGCAAACUUAUCGGGAAAGACUUUGUCCCAUACUUACCUAUCGUCAUACCUCCCUUACUUCAGACUGCUCGCGCUGCUCAGGAUGUUUCUCUUCUUGAGGAGGAAGAGGCGGAAGAAUUCAAUAAUAGCGAUGAGUGGGAUGUGAUUAACCUUUCUGGCAAGCUCAUUGCAGUGCAUACCGCUGCGCUUGAUGAAAAAGUUACCGCAAUGGAUUUACUCCGAGAAUACUCUGCCCAAUUAAACAGUGAUUUUUACCCAUGGGUUGCUGACAUUGCAGAAAACAUAGCAAUUCCAGCGUUGGAUUUUUAUUUGCACGAUGGGGUACGUGCAUCCGCAUCUCUCACGCUUGCUUCAGUUCUUAGAAGUAGCGUUUAUGCGAAUGGAACUCUGUCUCAUGAGUCCACAAAUUUGUGGAAUCAAAUUUGUAUGAAGCUCAGUGGAGCCCUUAUAAAUGAGCCAGUCCCAGAAGUUUUGGUGGCAUAUUACACCUCAUUAAUAGAAUGCGUUGAUAUCAUGGACCUGCAGCUGUUUGUUCACGAGCAACUAAGUGUUCUCACGGAUUCUUUGCUGUCAAAUCUAUCUCAAAUUUUUGAACGCGUGAAAUAUCGAGACAGUGAGGACGAUCAGUUCACAGAAGAUGUUGAUGAAGAUCAAGAGGAAUUUACUGAUGAAGAGCUUCUCAAUGAAAUCAAUAGAGUCAUUUCUACACUUUUCAAGAAGACAGGUGACUUAUUCGUGCUGCAUUAUCAAAAACUGUUAUCAUCAAUUGUUGAGACUUUCAUAGUCGAUGAGAAUUCUAGCGUCAAGCUUUGUGGAUUGAGUAUCGUGUGUGACUUGUUUGAGUUUUGUAGAGACUCCAAUGAACAAGUGAACUACCUAAAGUUCAUAAUAUCCGACUGUUUAACUACGCUGCAAGCAGAAAUAAGGCAAGGAGCGGCUCAUGCAAUUGGUAUCGCAGCCCAGCAUAAAGGUGUUCUGUAUGUUAGUUUGUUGAUUGAAUGCCUUCCUCUUCUUUUUCAAGUGGCUACAUUUCCAGAUGCUAAAGCGGAGGAGAAUUUACGAGCAACGGAAAGUUGUCUUUCAGCGAUCGCGCUAAUCUGCAAGUUUCACACAAGCGCCAUUCUGAAUCUUGAGCAAAUCAUCACUCAAUGGCUCAACCUUCUCCCAGUUCUUCAUGAUGAAGAGGCUGCAGUAAAUUGCUACGAAUUUCUUUUAGUCCUUAUCUCGUCGCAGCAUGCAGUUGUUAAGAAGAACCUUGAAAAGGUCAUUGAGUACAUCAUGUUGGCGCUCUCGCAUAAGUCGGUGACAGGUAAAUUAGCCGCUGAUUGUGUUGAAGCAGCAAAGGCCAUGCUUGGAAGCAUCCCACGAAAUGAUGCAAUUAGACUUUUGAGUGGAUUCACUGACCAGGAAUUGAUCAAUUCAUAUUUCAAAUCAUAG